AUGGCUCGUUUUACAGACAAAGUUGCUAUUGUAACUGGAUCUUCAAAUGGAAUCGGACGAGCUACUGCUGUUUUGUUGGCUUCCGAAGGUGCUAAAGUUACAAUUACUGGAAGAGAUUCUGAAAGACUCGAGGGAACAAGACAAGCGAUUUUGAAGGCAGGAGUUGAGGAAUCGCAUCUGAUCUCAGUCGUAGCAGAUAUCACUUCCGCACAUGGACAAGAUCUUUUGAUUUCUUCCACACUUGAAAAAUUCGGAAAGAUUGAUAUUCUUAUCAACAAUGCUGGGGCAAACAUACCAGAUGCGAAUGGAAAAACUAGAACGGAAGGUGGAAUCGACACAUUCUUGAAGAUGUUUCAAUUGAAUUUGCAAAGUGUUGUAGAAAUGACACAAAAAGUUAGACCACAUUUGGCAAAAACUAGAGGAGAGAUUGUAAAUGUGUCAAGCAUUGCUGCAGGUCCCGCUGCUCAACCUCAAGGACCAUAUUACUCUAGUGCAAAAGCGGCACUUGACCAAUAUUCUAGAAGUGCCGCCAUUGAUUUGAUUUCUGAAGGAAUCCGUAUCAAUGUUGUUCAGCCUGGAUUCGUUGAGACUGGUUUCUCUACAGUGGCUCGUGGAUUGAAUGCCGAAGAGUCAGCAAGCUUUUACAAUUCGAUGGGAGCUCAACCACAUUGCAUUCCAGCUGGAUUUUGUGCUAAACCAGAACAUAUCGCAUCUGUAAUUGCCUUUUUGGCAGACAGAAAAGCAUCAGAGUACAUCGUGGGACAAACAAUCACUGCUGACGGAGGAUCGACUCUGGUUCUUGGAUUCCAUGCUCACUUUGCUCAGAAAGCACCGAAAAACUAA